AAAGCCACUAAAUUUUGAUGUAGACCGCCCGAGUGGAAGCACCGUAAGAUGGACAAUUGCACAUACUUCUAACUUCGCGACGCUCCUUCUUCUGAGAUUCUUAUCUCCUCUCUUUCUGCACCUUACUGCACCGACUUAAAAGGCCUUUCAUAAUGGCUGCUGGCUGCCGCGCGUCUAAUCUGCAGUCGACAGUAAUGGAGGCUUGUCCGGAAUCCCUCGAAAAGAUCUUUCAAAGAGUGGAAGAAGAGACUGAAAGACGCGCUCAGGAGCAGUCUCCUUCCCCACCAGAGUCGCCAGAGAAGACUCUGAAAGUGAAGUCACGACACCGAGGCAGCGUAUCUAUCUCGCGAUUUGGCCAGCUAUCUGAUGACUUUACCCAAGUUUUCAAUGCAACGAGGAGUGCCACACCAACUCCUAGUCGAAUAUCACCCCUAGCAGAACGGUCGCGUUUCUUCACAAAGAAUCGAAGCGUCGACAGUCUUACGUCCGAUAAACACUCAGACGACGAAGACGGCCUAUCUGAGGAUUCGCACCAUGUCACCCAAAUGCAACAAAUUGUUGGCCGUAAGACCACUAUUUCCCGGGCUAUUGGUGGUCUCAUCCCCGGGCGGCUCAGUCACACUCGCUCUCGUAGUAUUAUAGACACCGCCGUCGAUUCCAGUAUGGUCAUCGGAGUAUUCGUGGAAGAAGAAGCUACGACCGAAAAUGCUCCUGAUGAUCUUCCUCCACGCUCCGGCUCCGUGAUGGUGGUACAUAGUCUUCGGAAUCAACCCUCCAGGUGCUCAUUCCGAAGAACCUCUCUGAUGGCUAAAGCAAAAGAAUUUACACAAAAGUUUCGCCGAAGGAGCAAUGCAGAGUUGUCGGUGACCCAUCUUACUUCCUGAUUUGUUUUCUGUGUGCUGUGAUAUCGUUCUACGUGUAUAUUAGGUUUCAGUCAUUGGGAUAGAGCUGUGCUUUACGCCUGUUCUUUGCUUCCACUGCGUCUUAUCGUCAGUUCCACUCGCAAUCCUCAACGCACUGCAUGGCCCGUCGAAGGCAACAAUUGAGAUUCGGCGAAC